UUGACACGCCUGUCCCAGCUGCCCGAGGGAUUUGGCCGAGUCGAGGAGGCGGAACCCCGUCUGGGGGACUUCCUGUCGCCGUGCAGAAAAUUCCGGCGCGGAUCUGCUCGCCGUGUCUCCGAAGCUCCUGCCACCAGCGGGACAACCAAGUGUCCUUUCUAAUGCGUGACCUUGUUUCUGUCCCCCUCCCCCGUCCCCUGACCGCUCGAGCGCUCGUCACGCGAGCGGGGGUGCCGCGGUCCUCUCAGGGCAGCCGCGCGAGGGUCGGGGCGGCUCUCGGCCCAUCCUUUUCCACCGCGAGCGAGCACGUGACACAAGGGUGGCGAAGCGCGGCACAAUUCGCACCGUUUCUCUGCACAGGUUCCCAGUCAGCUGCUAAACACACCUGCACCCUGGAAUAUGUUCGAAAGACCCGGGAAUAAAAUGAAUCAGUGCGAUCCUUCCCUGGUCAGCGCUUAGCACUGAGCAGUUCAGACUUAGUCACUGUCUAGUAGAUGGUUUAAGUCUCUUGGUGCACUCUUAGUCCUACUACGGUCAUGGCCAGCAAGAGGAAGUCAACCAUCCCCUGCAUGAUCCCGAAAAAAUUGAUGAGCGUGCAGGAAGGGCAGGGGGCGAAAGCAAAGACAUUACCAGUGCUAGCCGAGGACAAAGGUGUUAUCAGUGCCGUGCAGGAGACCAAUGAGAGGGGAAGGGACUUGAAGGAAGGCAGCAAGAUAUCCAGUCCAGAGGGGGUCAAGAUACAGAAUGAGGGUGAUGCCUACGGCUGCCAGCCCUGCCAUUUUAAAACGCGAGACCUCAACAUCUUCUUGGACCACGUCUACAGCUGCCACCCGGACUUCCGAGCUGAGCCAAGCUUCCACUGUCUGGACUGCGGUGUGGCCACCAGGAAGUUUGAGGGCCUGGCACUGCAUAAUGCCCGGGCUCACCCCAGCUCUGCCGCCACCACCCUGCAGCUGAGGAAGCGGGACUGGAAAUUGACGGUGGAACAGAAGUUGGUAAACGGAGGUGGUUCCGCAGAGUCCGAGAUCUCCAUUUCCAAGACACCUAUCAUGAAGACGCUGAGGGGCAAGGGAGAGCACAAGAGGAUUGUGGUGUCCCACGUCACAGAUGAGCCGAGCCCAGCUGCUGGCAAUGAGGCGGAGGGGAAGGAUCCCUCUGUUGCGCCACCUUCAGCGACUACCAUGAACAGCAAUGCUGCUGGCAGAGCAGCACUCCCUUCCACUGUGCCGAUUGUGAAUGGAUCACCAGCGCUGUCUGUGUUGAAGGUGCCUGUUGCUCAAGUGCUCCAGAACUGCACCUUCCUCCAGCAGUCUGUCCCCACUGAAGUUCCUACCCUGCAGUCUUCCUCCUUCACCCAUUCCUCCUCAUCAACCAGUGACUCCAAGAACCUCCCAAAAGUGAUGAUCCCGUUAAGCAGCAUUCCUACCUAUGCUGCCGCCAUGGACACCAGCAGCUUCUUGAAGACCUCUUUCAGUAAGUUCCCCUACCCCACCAAGGCCGAGCUUUGCUACCUGACCGUGGUCACAAACUAUCCGGAGGAGCAGAUAAAGAUCUGGUUCACAGCACAGCGGCUCAAGCAAGGAAUCAGCUGGUCACCGGAGGAAAUCGAGGAAUCCCGUCGGAAAAUGUUUAACACCAUCAUCCAAGAACCGAACUCGCAGCCUAUUGCCACGCAUCAGCAACUCCAGCCACACCACCGCCCCACUCAUCGUAGCCACCGCCCCGCACAGGUGGCGGUCACCAUCCGGCCUUCUGCUGCAGGCACUACCGGCACAACCCACAUCCUCAAGGACAACUUUGGAGGCAAAGGCGGAUUUAUUGCCUCCCAGCCCAUGACAUCCAACGGGAUCCAGGUUGGAGGGGGUCCUGUUGCUCUGGCAGUUACUCCUAAGCCUCAUACGGGGGCCGUGCCACAGAUGCAAGCAAGACCAGCAGCUGCUUUGGUUGCCGACAAGGGAGCAACCAUGAUGGUAGGGGUGGUGGGGAGCAGCAGCAGUAGCUACAUUAGCAAUAGUAUCAACCGCACCAGCACCGUCAUCAGUACCACAAUCAGCAGUGGCUUUAGCAGUAACAUUAGUAGCAACAGUGGCUUUAGCUCUGGUGGUAGUGCUAACAGUAGCAGUGGUGGUCUUAACGGUAGCGCUGGCAGCAGUAGCUGUGGCUUUACUUCCAGCAGUAGUGCUAUCAGUAGUGGCAGUGGCUUUAGCGGUAACACUAGCAGUAGUAGCAGUGGCUUUACUUCCAGCGGUAGUGCUAGCAGUAGCAGCAGUAACUUAAGCAGAAAUGCUAGCAGCAGCAUUAGCAUGCCCACCGUUGUUAAUAGUAACAGCAGCACUAAUACCAGCAAAUCGGACUCCACCAGCAAAGGCAAUAUAUUCCGCAGUGCCACUAACGGUGGUGAUGGGAAAGUUGUUGACCCGUCGCCGCCUGUUGUCAGCAGCGGUGCCAGCUCCCGCACACUGCCCAACAGCUUCCUGGACCCCAGCUUCUACAAGAGCAAGAAGUCACAGGAGCAGCUAGGUGCCCUCAAACAGAGCUUUUUCCGGAGCCAGUUCCCCGAGCAGGAGGAGGUGGAGAGGCUCACCCGAAUCACGGGCCUGACAGUGCGCGAGGUUCGCAAGUGGUUCAGCGAUCGCCGCUAUCACAACCGCAACCUGAAAGGCCUGCGUGCCAGUGGCAUCCUGGGAAAGGGGCCUGCCCUUGACUUCGUCGACAGCCCCACCUCUGCAGAGAGCCCCAAGGCCAGCCAGUCCUCACCCAGCCCUCCUCCAGCUCUGUCCCCCCAAAAUCGAUUAACAUCGCAGCAGGAAUCUGAUGACUGCUUGAUUGAGCCCCAUGAAAAGGACACACUUGAGAGGAAAAUGGAGGGAGGGGAUUUUGAUAAAGAGGUGGACGUCAGCAACAAUGGAAAGGACACCUCAACUAAGGAAGAGGAAGGCUGCGAAGGACAGGUCCCCUCCCCAGGGACAUCAUGGCAGCAAUGCUUCAAGGAGGACUGUGAGGAAGAGGAAGAUCCCAUGAGCAACCUGCCAGAUCCCAAACCCAAGAUCAACCCAAUCAAGAUAAACCUGAAGAGACUCAAGGUAACGGAGGCUUGCAGCAAGCAGGGACUGGAGGACUCUCAGCAAGAUAUGGACUCCCAGAGCCCUAAGACAUCAUCUUUAUCCGUCUCCACCUGUACACCCACUCGUGGCAAGAAGACCCCAGAACAGAUGCACCUUCUUAAACAGGUGUUUGCCCGCACCCAAUGGCCCAGCAGUGAGCAGUACGACCAGCUGGUGGUAUUGACGGGGCUCCCGAGGCCGGAAGUGGUGCGCUGGUUUGGCGAUAGUCGCUACGUCUUUAAGAAUGGGCAGCUAAAGUGGUUGGAGUCAUAUCAGAACACCAUAGAGAUGGAGGUGGAGGAGGAGAAGUUAAAAAUGGCCAAAAGCGAAGAUGCCAGGGCACAGGAUCAGCCGUUGGCUCUCCCUUCCAGGUUGGAGGUAAGAGGGUUGGCAGGAUCUCAGAAGGAGCACAUUCUCCACGGCUCAAGCGCCACCCCCUUGCUGCCCAACGGAGACAAAGAGACAGAGACGCAGAAGGACCAAGCAAUUGCCACAGAAGGUCUACCACCCCCAAACGAUGAAGCAGCUCUGGAAACUAAAGGCCAGUCCACUCUGAACAAGCCACGGGAGGCUCCUUCAGGGGCGGAAUGAGGAAGACCAGCAGCAUCCCUGGUCGGCAUGGAAACAAAGGAAGGGCGCGGACACAGAAACGACUGGUGGAGUCUGACUUUAACCGCAACCCUCAUCACCAGCCAACCUUUUAUAGGAAAAAAACAAACAGACCAACUGCUGUCAUCUGAGGACUUUGUGGGUGGGUGGGGUGCCUUCCCGACUGAGACCGGAGGACCUGUGAAUGAAAACGAGUGUGGAAAUGCUAGGGUACAAGGUGGGGUUAGGGGUGCCAAUUGCAAAAUGGGGAAAAAAAAAAGGGUGUCAAGGUGAUUUUGUUCAGUUUUGUUUUAUUUCCUGAGUUUAAGCAAUCUGUAUGUUAGCACAGCCUUGAAUCUUAUUUGUUGUCAAAUUUGCGAUCGAUUACUCUAAGUGUAGUUGUAAUUUUGGUGAAAUUUUCGUACUUGUUCUGGAUCGAAAAACCUGUGAGACUUUUCACUCCGAGAACCUGCUGCGCGGUGCAUGCUGGGACAUUCGGUACCGAGUGCAGCAACGAGGUGGAUGACGGACGAACGCGAUGGAGCACGCUGCCUCGCAUCUGCAAAGUGCUAGACAAGUGGCACGAGACGGUUGUGCACCUCCAGUCACAUGUGCUGAACUCGCCGGGUUUCGUGUAAUUCCAUGGAGACCGAUGUGAAACAAACUCGUCGAGAGGAGACUGGCAAUGAAGUUAUGGUGGGGUGCGCGCAAUGCAGAACUUCUAGCAGAGGCAAGGAAUAUGACAUUUGAUGCAGCCAGACAUUAACCGAGCGUUGAACUCCGUCAACGAAGGACGCCGGCCGAACCGUGUUUACCUGUCGAAAUGGAGUAAACGAGCGAAUCCGCAACUCUGAUAGGGUGCUUCAUUUGUGGAAAGCUGCUGAAUCAACCCAAGUGAAUUAAGGUGCUCUCAACUGGCAGGAGACAUAAGUGCCACUAGACAUUAGAAGAACAUUAGCAGCAACAACCAUAGAGAUUUUUUUUUUUUUUUUUGUUUACAGGAAUUUACAUAAUAAAAGACAAUGCAAGUAUUUCUGGCUUUAUGGCAGCAGGGUUAAUGACUGUAAAACCAGCUACGCUGGAAUGUCCAAUACUCUGUUUUACCAUUCUGAGUCUGGAAACUAAAUGGAAAAUCAGGAGAGCAGGUGGAGCACGAGCUAUUGUCUUGUAAUCAAAGGUGCUGGGUUCAAAUCCCACCUCCUGUUGUAGAACCCUUGACUGCAGCAACUUCACAUUAAUGGAUAGAGUUAGAUAAUCCAGAUUCAUACAUGGGAGAAACUUUAACAUGCAAACCAACACAUUUUUAUUCCCCACCUUCAGGGCUCUGAGUCCGUCUACCUUCCAGACAACAAUGAAUGUUCAUACACCCACAGCACACAACAGCAGCAGGAAAAAUUCCACUUAUUCUGUUUAUUUCAUUCUCAGGGUUGAAUCCACUACAUGCAAGAUUAGAGAAUAAUUUGUAGUUCUUUCCCGUUGCUUAGUCACGUAGAAAGUCAACCCAAAACAAAAUAAAAAUGCUUUUUCUAAAUAAUCUUCAUAAUGUGUGCAGAAAUACAGUUUCGCAGAAGGCCACGUCUCUCGCAUCUGCUGCCAGGAGGUCUGUAGCUGUCAUCGUUCCACCUACCGAAGGCCCCCAAAGUGCUUUGUUCAUCUGCACCGCGAACACACUGCAUGUGGCCCCUCCCCCACCGCAACUCCCCGGCAAAUUUGGAAAUAUGAGCAGACCCCCUGUGGUCAGACCCCACUGCAUUCCCAGCCACAGCCUCCCGAGAGGAGGAGGAGGAGGAGGAGGAGAAGGAGGAGGAGGAGCACUGCUGGCCCCACCCACCGUGGACACAUGGCCAGGGUGGUCACCACAACCUCUUAAACCCUCAGACAGUAACGGCACCAAGACACGAACACGGACUAACAGCAAGACUGAAAAAAAUUCAGAAUAAUUGCCCAGUAUUUCUUCAAUAAAUAUAGUGGGCGGCAUUCAUGUUGUGCUGCAGGAGCCUGUUAAAUAACUGGCCUCAAAGUAUUAAAAAAAAAAUAAAAAAUUCACACAGCGGUGCUGUAGGAGUGGCAGAGUGUGACGCUGGUGUAAAACAAACAGCGCCGUCAGGUAAGAGCAAACCAGACCACGGAGCGGAGGAGUCAAGCCUGCAGUCUGGGGUUUCCUGCCUCGACCCUAUUAAAACACGAAUUCGUGCUCAUUAAGGAGCGCCAUCUCUCAUGUCCCAGCGCUGUGUGUCAGAAACACUUCUACUGUUUGGCAGUUUCUGUUUCUGUUGAGCGUAUCUCCAAAUAAAACGCAAGAAUGUGAGCCCUUCUCUUUCCUUCGUGCCGAAACCAAACACACACACGAACACACACACACGUGCGCACACACACCCAUACAAAGCGAACUUUGUCUGUCUGGCACACGUGCACAC